AUGCAAAUUACAAAAACUACAUCAAAUAAAAGUUAUAUACUCAUUAGUCCCCAGAAAAAAAUAAAAAUAAAUAAACCCUCUUUUGUCCUGUCCCGCUAAAAACCAAACUUAAAAAAAAAUUAAUUAAUUUGCAUGGCCAAAAAGCAACUUGCAAGCUAGAAAUUAAGCUCUUUAUAUCCAACACCACUAAACCCCAUUUUUUUGUCAUCUGAAAAAAGCUCAACUCUAGAAAAUGGCUAAUAGGCACAAUCUUGCAAUGGAGAGAACUGGCCAAUGGGUUUUCUCUCAAGAAGUUCCAACUGAUGUUAUUGUUGAAGUUGGCGAAGCCAGCUUUUCUCUUCACAAGUUCAUGCUAGUAGCGAAGAGCAAUCUGAUUAGAAAACUGAUUCUGGAUUCAAAAGAAGCCGAUCUAACGAGAAUAAACCUCUCCGGGAUACCCGGCGGCGCCGAAAUCUUCGAAAAGUCAGCCAAAUUCUGCUACGGCGUCAACUUCGAGAUCACUGUCCACAACGUCGCAGCACUCCGGUGCGCCGCCGAGUACUUACAGAUGACCGACGUUUACUGCGACAACAAUCUCGCCGGAAGAACAGAGGAUUUCCUGUCCCAGGUUGCCUUAACAAGCCUCUCCGGCGCACUCGUCGUCCUUAAAUCAUGUGAAGAUCUUCUUCCCAUGGCCGAGGAUCUCCGAAUCGUCCAAAAAUGCGUCGAAAUUGCUAGCGCCAAGGCUUGUGUGGAGGCAAAUUUCCCAAGCCGGUCGCCGCCGAACUGGUGGACGGAGGAGCUAACAAUCCUGGAAAUAAACUUCUUCUCCAAAAUCAUAACAUCAAUGAAGACACGUGGCGCCAAGGGUCUAACCCUAGCCAGCGCUAUCAUCACCUACACCGAGCGAUCCCUCCGCGACCUCGUCCGCGACCACUCCGGCGGAAACGGAAUCGGAAUCAGAUCCACCGAAUAUUCCGACACCGAUCUACGCAGCCGCCAGCGCGGCCUCCUCGAAUCGAUCGUCUCUCUCCUCCCGCCCGAGAAAUCCGCCUUCCCCGUAAAUUUCCUCUGCUGCCUUCUCCGCACCGCAAUCUUCUUAAAAGCCGACGCCAAGUGCAAAACGGAGCUCGAGAAGAGGGUUUCGGCGAUUCUGGAGCACGCGACGGUGGACGAUCUGCUGGUUUUGUCGUUCACGUACGACGGCGAGCGGCUGUUCGAUCUGGAGAGUGUGAGGAAGAUUAUAUCGGGAUUCGCGGAGAAGGAGAAGAACGUGGCCGUGUUCAACGCCGGAGAUCUGAAGGAGGUGUGCUCCACUGCGAUGCAGAGGAUUGCGAAGACGGUGGACGCGUAUUUGGGGGAAAUUGCUACUUAUGGUGAAUUGGGGAUUUCGAAGUUUAAUGGGAUCGCGAAUUUGGUGCCCAAGGCGGCGCGUAAGGUGGACGAUGACCUUUAUCGGGCUAUUGAUAUCUACUUGAAGGCACAUCCGAAUCUAGACGAAAUCGAGCGUGAGAAAGUAUGCAGUGUGAUGGACCCGCUCAAGCUAUCGUACGAGGCUAGGGUCCACGCCUCGCAGAACAAACGACUCCCGGUCCAGAUAGUCCUGCACGCGCUCUACUACGACCAGCUCAUGCUUAGAAGCGGUGCUGACGAGGACGACCAUAAGACGCCCGACGCGGGGUCCACGAGAAACCAGCUCCAGGCUGACGUGUCGCUCGCAAAGGAGAACGAGGCCUUGAGAACCGAGCUUCUCAAGAUGAAGAUGUACAUACAAGAUAUUCAAAGACCUCAAGGUACAACAUCUAAAGCGGUGAGUACCAGUACCAGUACCAGUGCUAGUGCUAGUGCUAGUACGAGUAGGAAGCCUAAGUUCUUCUCGUCUAUGUCGAAGACUUUGGGGAAAUUGAACCCGUUUAAACAUGGAUCGAAGGAUACUUUAAAUUUAGACGAGGGAAUGCCGGAUUUGACCAAGCCUAGGAGGAGGAGGUUUUCAAUAUCUUAAGUACUUUAGAGAAUUGCAUUUUUUUUUUUUUUUGUGAUUUUCUUUUGGGUGUGCUGAAAAUGUUGUGUAAAGAGUUUGUUGAAUUUUGUGUUGGAUGUGUGGUGCCUAAGAAACUGUUGUUAUGGCUGCUUCAGUUUGAUUAUCUUAGACAAUUUGAUUGUUGGAAUGUUUGGUCUAACUUCUUGAUUGAUGUCUGCCUUGUU